UCAGCGCCCACUUUGCCAAACGAUUCAGCUUUUUAAUGGAGGAUGGAAAGGAAAGGAAACAGUGUUCGAGGAAACAGUCGACGCAGUGCCUUAAUAAUAGCGCUGUCACCAUAGCAGAAAACAUCAUAAAUGGCACGGAACUGUGGGAGGACAAUUUAGCUUAUUUGACUGUCGAUGAUUUCAGCCCAUUUCUGGGCAUAAAGUAUAGUGAUAUUGAAAAACUAACAAGAUUGAAUCUGGAUAAACCGAAACCUGAUGGAAUCCCCAAUGGAAAGGCAGAUAAUUACAAUGCUCAAGCGGCAAAUACCACGUCCAUCGGUAAGAUACAAAAAUCAAGCAUAUGGGCAAGCAGGUACACUGGGACGUAUUCCAGCUCAUUGCGCUGCAAACGUUCGGGAAACUUGGAUGAUCGCAAGACAGAAACAACUAAGAGAAAACAGUCUAGUGUGACCAAAGUCAUAUGGGACUUCCAGUCAGAACCGAUUCACCCGAAAAUAAGUUUUGAGGCGCUCAAGGCACGUGCUGAAUUGAAGCCUGAUGCGCAUGCACCCAUGAUUGGCUCAGAUUGGUGGGUUGAAGUCCUUGUAUACGCAAAAUUGGGAUACUGGUCACCAGAAAUUCUGCCACCAUCUUUGCAAACAACCGAAGCGAGCAGCGACAUGGACCUUCGUUCCCUCACCAGUACGGUAGCAGCGAUAACUCGAGGAACAACUGCAUCCUCACAGCAUAGUGUAAAUCCAGCAAAACGAUUCAUUGCCAAAUUUGGUGGCCUACAUAGGUUUUAUCAGAGCCUUUAUGAAGGAUCCGUCAGCACGGAAGACUUGGAAACUGCCAUUCACCUCUGUCACUUUGGUCUGCAUCUCGGUCUGAAACGCUCCAUAAGAAACAUGGAAGACAGGAAGCUUCAGCAAAGGCGUAGUCAUCAGAUUACACUUCGUUCAUCAAGUGUAGCAGCAAUGUAUAAAGCGAUACAGUCACAAGCCAAAAAUGAGAACCGAAACUUAGUCGCUCCAAAAGAUUUAAGAGCCGUCAUAAACACGCUAUUUCUGGGAGAGCUAAAUUCAUUCAGAGAUAUGUCAUUUUACCAGAAUCCUCAACAAGCAACAUGCUUUGAAACUGCCGCAGAUUCCAGCAUUUUGUACAACACUCCACCGGUAAAAUAUGAUGAGUCCGUUGGCACAGUGGACACAUCAACUUCAGAACGAUCAACCGAAUCGACAGCUGAAAAUCCUCCAGAUACAACUGGUCUAACACAACCCAGUCAGCUGACCAGCCAUGGAAAUGAAAACUCCAAACCACGACAUAUGGACGCCAGUACUCAACUGACUUCUCUCAGUUCUCUGGAGUCUCGGAUAAGUACUGACAUACGUGGAGAGAGUCUAGAAGAAAGACAGAGUCAAACAACUAGAUCUGCUCAGAACGUUAGAGUGGGAACAGACAAAACUGAAAGACGCUCAUUACAUCUAAAUUUCACGCAAACUAAGCAUCUGCCUAGCUAUCCUCAACCAUCCGUUACGGUAGCUACCACUAAGGCAAGUUGCGGUUCGCGUCUACAGUCUUUAAACUCCAGUAGGAUAUUUCCAAGUCACCGUACCACAAAAAUCAUUCGGCACCUAAGAAACAUCAUACCUGAUUUCGAAAGUAAAAUUAACAUUCAAGACUUGCUCGAGCAAACGAUACUGCAACUCAGCAACAAAGUACUCUACCAUCCGGAGAUUUCGGUCACGCAAGGAGAUUCAGCAGAGGCUAGAGUACAAAAACUAGUCAGAUUUACUUCUCGAAAGCAGCCAAUCCUCGAAAGAAUCCUCCGCCAGCAGUCAGAAGAGUUGUUAUCCUACCUGAAGAAACCCGCAGAGCCCAUAGAGCCUCAAGUCAGUUUCGAUCAGCCCAGCUUGACCUGCCGUUUUAUGCUGCCUACCAUUCAACCAGAUCGGCCCCCAACGAGAGUCACCAUUUCAAACACGGUAGAUGUGGACCACUCAGAAUUAGUACUGAACAAAAGAAGGGGGAGCAAACUGAUACGAUCACCGCUGUCCGAGGAUAGUCGUUCAAACGCCUCAUAUCUGUCGCUGCUAAGAUGCGGUCCCAAUUUUAAGACAACUAGUGAAGAAGGUUCCACUUCAGUCGACACUGCAGUCGAUCCCUGUAUACACAGAUUGAGUGGGUCCUUCUACAGUAGCAUUACACAGUCAUCUGGUCACGUAAAAGCACUUGGAUUUAGGCUAAGCGAACCCUUUCAAUCAGAACGCGAUCGCCACCUAUUUCUCGUACCAAGGUUACCUCCCAGACCGGCAACUAUGCUACAAGCGGUCAGUCAAGAACUACGUAAAGUCCACCCAUAUAUUUUGGAGUAUUUUACGCAAACGCUUCAGCAAGUUGUUACAGAUAGUAUUUGGGUGACGGAACGUAAUCCGAUCAAGCUCUUCCCGGCCUUGGAAAGGCUGGGUGCUGAUCUUAUGGCUUACCGACAGUCUUCAGGUCACGUGGUGCGAUUCAAAAUCAUGUCGAUCAUCUCUGCAUCCGGACGCAAUAGGCUGCUGAGAAAGCAGUUGAAGCAUGGUGCGAUGCUGCAAGGGAACUGGUUAGAUCAGCUUCUACGUUCUUUAGGCAGCCAGCAACCAAGCUGCCGCACAGAGGCUGCCCUGGCUUUAGCAAAAUUAGCAAGCGAAACACGGCUGAUGAAUAAGCUUUUGGCGGAACAGCGAUCCACCGUCAUAACAGACAUCUUCCAUUCACUCUUCCGAGCCGCCGAAUACUACCCGAAAAACUGGCCAGAAUAUUACAUGACAAUCUGUUUCUUCCUCCAUCACAACCAGUGUCAGCGGAUAUUGGACAGCUUGCUCGAUUGCGGCGCACAAGCUAGAUCGAGCAUCACAGGCCCAGGCUUCUUACACCUGUUGGGCUAUAUCUACACCUAUUGGCCGAAAACUCUGCUGGAAACGCUAAGUGUGAACGAAAAAUAUCUAAAUCGUCUGUUUGAUACGGCACUGAGUAAUCCGAUUACCAAGAAAGCAACUCGAGAGACUAUUGCUGCAUUGUACGGGUACAUUACCAUCAAGACGAAUUUAUUCUCUCUGUGGCAACCAGAAUCCAACCGUGUGAAACACAACACCUCGAAUGUCGACAACGGGCGCUAGGAAACGAACCGGUGAAACAACCUGGUGUAUGAUUUGGGUUGUUGAACAUCAUCUGUACAUACAUUUGAUAGGGUAUGUCGCUUUGUCACUCAGGUAAACAUCGAUGUGAUUUAUUCCAGUUAACAUAUGAUACAAACGGUUCCGCUGGCUAAGCCACCGCAUCAUGAUUGGUGAUCCUACUUGAUGCUUAUUUGUCGAUAGAAUUUCUAUGCAACUACCUCAUGUGACGCGAACUGAGGGGGUCGUUGGUGUUGAAAUAACAAAAUGUACGCAUUGUACACUUAUGUUUUUGUUCCCACAUUGGCCACACGGUCGUUCAGUCCUCCGAGUUCAUUUCCGUUGCCUGAAUCCCAACAGGGCUCGGAAGCACAAAUGGCAGUACAGUACGAGAAAGAAACUGCUGAUUUUGC